AUGAGGAUUCACGAUUCUAGUCCGCAUAUCAGUCACGAGUCUAACCCGCACAUCAGUCACGCGUGUAGUCCGCACAUCAGUCACGAGUCUAGUCCGCACAUCAGCAACGAGCCUAGUCUGUCCGCACACGAGUCUAGUCGGCUUAUCAGUCACGCGUCUAGUCCGCACAUCAGUCACGCGUCUAGUCCACACAUCAGUCACGCGUCUAGUCCGCACAUCAGUCACGCGUCUAGUCCACACACCAGUCACGCGUCUAGUCCGCACAGCAGUCAGGAGUCUAGUCCGCACAUCAGUCACGAGUAUAGUCCGCACAACAGUCACGCGUCUAGUCCGCACAUGAGCAACGAGCCUAGUCUGUAAAUCAGUCAUGAGUAUAAUCCGCACAUCAGUCACGAGUAUAGUUCACACAUCAGUCACGCGUCUAGUCCGCACAUCCGAGUCACGAGUCUAAUCCGCACAUGAGUCACGCGUCUAGUCCGCACACCAGUCACGAGUCUAGUCCGCACAUCAGUGACGCGUUUAGUCCGCACAUCAGCAACGAGCCUAGUCUGGAAAUCAGUCACGCGUCUAGUCCGCACAUCAGUUACGAGUCUAGUCCGCACAUCAGUCACGCGUUUAGUACGCACAUCAGUCACGAGUCUAAUCCGCACAUCAGUCACGCGUCUAGUCCACACAUCAGUCACGAGUCUAAUCUACAAAUCAGUCACGCGUCUAGUCCGCACAUCAGUCACGCGUGUAGUCCACAAAUCAGUUACGCGUCUAGUCUGCACACCAGUCACGAGUAAAAUCCGCACAUCAGUCACGCGUGUAAUCCGCUUAACUGUCACGCGUAAAGUCUGCAGGUCAUUCACGCGUCAAGUCCACACAUCAAUCACGCGUCUUGUCUUCUUAACAGUCACGCGUCCAGUAUUUUUUGACAAAAGUUAACAUUUAUAAUUGAUAUUUUUUCAAUCGCAUAAUACUUAUGUACUUUAAUCUUACGGAUGCCGAUGAAUGUCUAGGUUGGGUUUGUUAAGAAACGAGCAAUGUUGAGAAAACUGGUAAUUCAUGUUAUUUGUUUGUGAAUGAAGUUCCUGUGCAGUACUAUCAGCAAUGAAAACAGCUAUUCGCUU